AAUUCAUAAUAUGUAGCGACUUCCGAGUAUUGGCGCGUAACGUCACGUUCACGUCGGGUAACGUUACGUCAUUUAUUUAUAUUUUUGUAUUUACUUCCGUUAUGAUCGACAGAAGAAAACGCUAUGUAAAGUUGUCUUAAUAAUCGUUUACUGAAGAAGGCCUUUGGCCGAAAUAUUUAAUAAAAGAGUAAAUACUAAUGAGUGGACCUACAUAACAAAAAUGUGAAGUCUGGACACAAGUUUAUCAUUCAUGGACAAAGUUUUUUAGGCUUGAAAUUGUAACAGCCAAUCUGAAUCCACGGCUCGACUAGAAGAACCAUAUUUUUUAAGAUGGCUUAAGCAUGGAUGAGUUUGAAGAAUUGGAAAGGGCAGCUCGGGAGAGACAGGAAAUUGUGUCCAGAUAUGACAAGGGCCGAGAGGAGGGUGCAAAGAUAGACCCCUGGGAAGAUCCUGCCUUUGAGGUGUACCAAGUCACAGACAGAUACGGUUUCAUUCAUGACAAAGCCUUACCAGCCUUGUCUAGUGCUGCUGAAGCGAAGGCAAGGAAAACCGAAUUGGAGCGUGUUAACAAAUGGGUGAAGAUGACAAAGAAAUGGAAGAGUUACUAUCCAGGUGAAAAGUUGACCCGGCGUGUGUAUAAGGGAAUCCCGGACAAAUUACGAGGCGAUGUCUGGAGUAAACUGCUGGGAGUGAGUUUCGUACGCUCUGAACAGGACGGCGUGUACAAUAGAAUGAAGGCUCGAGCAAGGGCUAUAUCUCCACAUAUCCGUCAAAUAGAUCUGGAUGUAAACAGAACCUACAGAAAUAAUACCAUGUUCCGAGAACGAUAUGGUGUCAAGCAGCAGGCGUUAUUCCAUGUGCUAGCGGCCUACUCCAUGUACAACACAGAGGUGGGCUACUGCCAGGGCAUGAGUGAGAUAGCCGCCUUGCUUCUUAUGUACAUGAAUGAAGAGGAUGCUUUCUGGGCUUUGUCUCAGCUGUUCACAGAUAAAAGACACGGAAUGCAUGGCUUCUUUAUUCAGAGCUUUCCAAAGCUCAUGAGAUUUCAAGAACACCAUGACAACGUUUUGAAAAAAUUCCUUCCCAAGAUUCGAAAGCACCUGGAGAAGGAAGGCAUCGACUCAGGGCUGUACACCAUUAAGUACUUUCUGCAGUGUUUUCUGGACAGGAUGCCGUUCACACUGACCCUGCGGGUUUGGGAUGUGUACAUGCUGGAGGGCGAGAGGGUUCUGACUGCCAUGAGCUACACCAUCGUAAAACUGCACAGACGGAAGAUCCGUAAACACAAGAUGGACACGCUGCUGACGUUCUUCCAGACUGACCUAGAGGCAGACUUUGGUUAUGAUGAUGAUACAGUCAUGGAUCAGCUACAGGUUGCCAUGGAAGAACUGAAGAAAGCCAAAAUGGAUGUACCACCACCGGGCAAGGCAAAUGAACUUCCUACCCUUCCCUUCGGCCUAGAGAUCCAGCCUAGUAUACAGGAGAUCAUAAACCGACGAAAAGAUGAGACUUUUGACGAGCAUUUCAGAAAGAGCACUAUUAAGAGUAGCGGGAAAGCCGCAUAUUACCGAAAACGCGGUCUUCACGCCACACCAGAAAGUGGUCGCGGUUCUGACACAAAGUCCCUUCAGUCCAAUCGUCUUUCAGAAUACUCAGGGGGGGAUCUUUCCUCGUUUUACGAUACAGCCGCCAACUCCAGAUUAUCGUUCGCGGAACAGAGUUCAAAAACGUCUCCCAAAAGUUCUCGGACUUCCUUUGCUGAAGGUUCUGACGUCGGCAGUGUCGAUCUGGCCAUUUCCAGACAUACCCCAGUCACUCUCAAUGAAGAUGAUAUGGAGAUAGAAAGUGAAUUAGAGAAACUAAAUUACGAAGAUCGCGAUAGAUUGCGCAAUGAGAAUUCCACCCUUACCCGCGAGAUUACCCUAGAAAACAUUCAAGCCCUUCAUGCUGAGAAACCCCCGUCAAGAGCUUCUGACUAUGACAAUAUGAGCGAGAAGCAUUCAUUGGUUAAUGGUAAUGGUGAUUUAAAUGAGAACGCGCAUACUAUCAUGGAUUAUGAUUACAUCGACCCCCCUAUAGAACUCCCUGUUGAGCACGUUAAGCAGAUCCCCGUGCACUAUCAGAUACCAGUCGUACACGAACUGCCUGUAAAGCACGUCAAGCAGCCUGUACCUGUGAGUAUAUCAGUCAGAAAUGACAGAGAAAAUGUGUUGCCAGUCGUUGAGAAUGUGUGGGUGGAAAGGAAGGAGAACCGUGUGGUUGAAACGAAGGCAUCAGUGGAGGUGACUUCUAAUGAGUAUGAAACUAGUUCUCAGAAUUUCAGUGGAUCACAGCAAGGCAAAUCGUCGUCAUCCAGUCGAAAACGUUCUAGUCCAGGCCAUGGGCCAAGCCCAAACAAGACUGGUUCACAAAAGGCAAAAACCAGUCACAGCAGCCCAAAUACUCCGACUUACGUGGUUGAAAAUGGGAGCAGCCUAAUGCCGACACCAAAAUUUGUGUCUUCGCUUCAGAUACGACGUCAGCCGAAUAUCCCCCAAGAACAGGUAAAUGGUUACAGCACGCGUCUGGAUUACUCAGAUCAACAAAUGCAAGCUUCUCGGAGGCAGCAGCCAGCAUCCAAAAGGGAAAUAAUUGUGCAUCAUCUAUGAUCUAUAAUAGUUCAAAUUACCUUGGUGUUUUAGAAUUGUCAUAUAUUGGAGAAAACAUGUAUUUCUGAGAAAUUAUAUCAAUAUACACAGUGUAUUUUAGAAAUACUGCUUGUUUGGUUGGAUAUUUCCAAUAUUAUAUUGUGUCAUGUGUACUUUAUACAUCUGUUGUAAUUUGUAAAAUUUAGUCAAUUUAAAAAGUUCCUUUUAACAUCACUAAUUUUGUAGUGAAUGUUUCAGGAAAAUCAAUUGUAAUUUGUAAAAUUUUGUAAAUUUAAUCCUGAUAAUCAAGUUAUACAGUUUUCUGUAGGAAAUCAAUAAAUUUGUUUUGAAUCAUGAUCUAUCAAUCAAUUAUAAAACUAUAUUCAGAGGUAAGCUGUUUCAUAUGGCUAAUGUCUAAAUUUAUAUUUCAAGGUGUUGGGAUAUAACAAUGUGAAUAAUAUAUUGAUAUUCAUUUUAAGAGUGCUAAAUGUUACUAAAACAAUAUACACAUAAGUGCUCUUUCUUUUAUAAUUAUUACAAUAUUUGAUUGUUCCAAUAAGAUUGUGUAGUUUCAUUACUGUUGGAAACAAUCAAGAUGACAUUUAUUAGCUCAUCUAUUUUUUGAAAAAAAAUGAGCUAUUGUCAUCACCUUGGCGUCUGCGUCGGCGUCGGCGUCCGGUUAAGUUUUGCGUUUAGGUCCCUUUUUCUCAGAAAGUAUCAAUGCUAUUGCAUUCAAACUUGGUACACUUACUUACUAUCAUGAGGGGACUGGGCAGGCAAAGUUAGAUAACUCUGGCGUGCAUUUUGACUGAAUUAUGUGCCCUUUUUAUACUUAGAAAAUUGAAAAUUUUGGUAAAGUUUUGCGUUUAGGUCCACUUUUUUCAGAAAGUAUCAAUGCUAUUGCAUUCAAACUUGGUACACUUACUUACUAUCAUGAGGGGACUGGGCUAGCAAAGUUAGAUAACUCUGGAGUGCAUUUUGACAGAAUUAUGUGCCCUUUUU